AGGCUGACUGCUCCACUCUGAUCCAUUAGUGGCUUUGUGGACAACAACUAAAGAGAGGGAAGAAGGAGGUUUACAGACUUUUAAGAAUAGCAAAGAGGAUAGCAGCCAACUUAAAGACAAAGUUAUAAGGAAGAAGAGGAAGAAAAGAAAGUUAAUACACUUGAAGGAAUCUUCCCAGCAGGCUGGAGAGACUUAACUUUGUCUGCAAGUGAAUGAACUUAAACCGGCGUGACUGAGAGAGCCGGGAACACGGAUCUGUUUCUACCCAAAGCAAAGGAGCUGGAAGGCACCAUGGCCGACAACGUGAACGAGGAGUCAGACUAUGUCCCUGGGAAAGAUGAGCUGGACUGGGGCUACGAGGAAGGUGUAGAAUGGGGACUCCAUUUCCCAGCGGCCAACGGCGAGUACCAGUCUCCGAUUAAUCUCAAUUCAAGGGAAGCGCAGUAUGACCCCUCYCUCCUAGAUGCUGGCUUAUCGCCAAACUACGUGGUGUGUCGAGAGUGUGAGGUCAUCAACGACGGGCACACUGUCCGCAUCCUUCUCAAGUCCAAGUCAGUGGUUACCGGGGGUCCAUUGCCUAGUGAUCAUGAGUACGAGCUUCACGAGGUUCGAUUCCACUGGGGCAAAGAGAACCAGAGAGGAUCAGAGCACACGGUCAACUUCAAGGCUUUCCCCAUGGAGCUCCAUCUGAUUCACUGGAACAGCACUCUCUUUAACUCGCUAGAAGACGCUUUGGGGAAGAAGAAUGGAGUCCUCAUCAUAGCACUUUUUGUCCAGAUCGGCAAAGAGCACCUAGGACUAAAGGCCAUCACCGAAGUCCUACAAGACCUGCAGUACAAGGGGAAGAACAAGAUAAUCCCAUGUUUUAACCCCAACACGCUCCUACCCGACCCGCUGCUGAGAGACUACUGGGUGUACGAAGGAUCUCUGACCACGCCGCCUUGUAGUGAAAAAGUGACCUGGAUACUUUUCCGUUAUCCCCUCACCAUCUCACAGCUACAGAUCGAGGAGUUUCGGAGGUUACGGUCGCACAUCAAGGGGGCGGAGCUACUUGAAGGAAACGACGGGAUGCUGGGGGACAACUUCCGCCCCACCCAGCCGCUCAGCGACAGGAUUAUCCGCGCUGCCUUCCAGUGACUUUCGCUUUCCUGUGCCAUCUCGGUGAAACUCUGGGACCUACACGUACAAAAAUAGAAGGAGGAGAAGAAAACAGAGGAGUGGAAACGGGAAGAAAGAGGGGAAAUUAGUGUGAUAACAGAUCCAAGGCAAACUAGAAGAGGAUGAAAAAGCUUUUAGUAUCAUCUACACUCCAGGCUUUGUGUGUGUGUCAGUACAUGUGUAGGUGCAGCCAUCUUUUUCUGUAUCGUUUCUCACUCCUCCCCUUAUUUUUGCUGUUCACUGUGUGUAUUUGUUACACGUUUGGUUUGGGACGUUAUUGUGUCUGCGUGCUGAGUGUGUGCUGUGACUAAAUGAUGAGAGGUUUCCACAAUCAUCACAACAGGAUGAAGAAUCGGCAGCAGACGAGCCAGAAGCCAAAGAACACACACUGGGACACAGUUUCACACACUCACCCGUCAUGUUCUUCAUAUUUUAAUACGCCUAUUUUAAUACUCCACUUAAAAUAAUACUAUUAUCAUUCUUAUGAGUUGAAUAUUAACAAACUUAAAUCUAAAAAAAUUAAAAUCUGUUUUAAACGGAAGCUGUGAAUAAUAAGCUGGGAAUAAAUGGCUUAUGAAGUUCUAUGUUCCAGCUCAUUAUCCUUCUUCUGGCAGUGAAUUCAACACCACUUUCAUCUUUUAAAAGACAAGUGAAAUAAAAAUAAUUGCUUUCACAUGAAGAUAUGAAAACAAUAUGUGGUUGUUUUAAGGUACUGUACAUCAAACGGAGCUGCUAUGAUUUAUAGGAAUGCUGACUGUGACUGGAAAGCAACAAUAAACUACAACUUACAAAAAAAAAAAAAA